AUGGCAAACAUUGAGAGAACCUUUGUAGUGACGAACAUUAAGCAUCAUAUACCUUUGGUCCUCGAUCUUGACGUCUUCAAGUACGAUGCUUGGAGGGAGCUCUUCCUGACCCACUGUCUCACCUUUGAUGUUCUCGGACAUGUUGAUGGUACAACCCUUCCAACCGGUGACGACGAUCAGGCCUGGAAGAAACGAGAUGGGUUGGUCAAGUUAUGGAUCUACGGCACUCUUGCUCCACCCCUCUUCAAAUCCUCAUUCAAAACUGGUGGCUCAGCUAGAGAUAUAUGGCUCCGCAUUGAGAAUCAAUUCAGAAACAACAAAGAUCUCAAGUCGAUUGCGGACCUGCUAGAGAAUGGGGAGCCUCCUGUGAAUGACAGAACUCUCGUCCUGUACAUGCUAAAUGGCCUGAACGAGAAGUUUGAUCACAUCAUCAAUGUCAUCAAGCAUCAGAAACCGUUCCCAACGUUUGAGGAAGAUCGUAAUAUGCUAGAGCUCAAAGAAACCCGCCUGAAGAAGCCCUACAAAGGAACUAUCAACCACAACGACACUGCAUCUUCUUCAACUGCUCUUGUAGCCACAACUCCAGAGGCUAAAGCUGCAGACAACACCCAUCGUCAACAGCGCAACAACAGGGGCAAUCGACGAGGAAACAUAGGACGUGGACGUAAAAACAACUACAACCAGCGUCACCCGUACAACAACUAG